GUCACUCCCUGCCAUGAAGCUAGUGACAUUCCCAGCAUGCAGUUCAAUUUUGUCCCUCUGGAUCAGCUAGAGUCUCUGGAGAAAGACACCAUCAUUGAUAUUAUUGGUGUGUGCAAGGAUGCUAUGGAAGUAGCCUCUAUUACAUCAAAGGCCUCUGGCAAAGAAUUAAGGAAGAGAGAUGUGCAGGUAGUUGAUGAUACAAAUAGAGAGGUACGUCUUACCCUUUGGGGACGUCAAGCAGAAAACUUUGAUGGAACACAGCAACCCGUGUUGGCUGUGAAGGGUGCAAAAUUGUCAGAUUUCAAUGGACGUUCUUUGUCUUUGCUGUCCUCAUCACACUACAGGUAUUUUAUCAACCCAGAUAUCCGUGAGGCCCACAAAUUGAAGGGGUGGUUUGAUAAUGGAGGCAACACAGCAGAGACAGUCAACCUUUCCAAUCAGCGUGGUGGUGGUUCAGCAGGUAUGGGCUCCAACUUCAAGACAUUUGGUGAGGCCAAGCUGGAGAACUUGGGUAGUGGAGAUCAAGCUGAUUAUUACACCACAAAGGCUUCUGUUGUGUUGAUACGCAAGGAGAACUGUCUUUAUUCAGCUUGUCCCUCAGAUGGUUGCAACAAGAAGGUGGUCGACAUGAACAAUGGUCUUUACAGAUGUGAGAAGUGUAACCGCGAAUAUGAUAGCUUCAACUGGCGAUUGAUGUUGUCUGUGAGCCACCUUGCUGAUAUAUCAGACAAUCAAUGGGUAACAGUUUUCCAAGAUCAGGCUGAGAUGCUCCUUGGAACCACCAGCUCAGAACUAGGCUUCAUGCGAGAGAAUAACCCAGACAACUUCCAAAACAUCUUCACAGACGCAGCUUUCAAGAACUUUUCCUUCAAGCUUCGUGUCAAAAUGGAGACUUACAAUGAUGAGAGCAGAUUGAAGACGACAGUAGUAGCCUGCAGCCCCCUUGAACCAAGAGAGUACAACCGUCGCCUUAUCUCAGAAAUUAAACAGAUGUCAGGACAGGCCUAAUUUUCGUUUUCUCGACUUCAAAACAUUUUAAGUGUUUAUUUUGAGAAGGAAUAAAUAAUGAAACCUGACUUCUAUGAGUUCUAAGAUAUCUUUUUUGUGGAAGAGAAGUAUUAAAUAUGUUAAAAAGAAGUUAUGUACCUAGUAUUUCCUGUGUUACUCUUGGUACUUAGCUUAACAGAAAGGCAUGUUUUACUGUGAAAAUGUCCAGUGAAUAAUAAAAAAUAUAACCAUAUGUAAUUAACUUUGAGUAAAUUAUCUUAUUUGAUAUUUAGAUGAUAAGAAAUAAAGUAUCAAUAUUAUAGUUAGUCUUUGGUUCUUGAUUUCUUUAUAGACAUGAUCAAGUUCAUAUUUCUAUAUGUAUGUUCUCAUUACUAUAUGUAUAUGCUUUUGAUAACCAAAAAAAUUGUAUUUUAUUAGUUUUUAUUAUGGUUAUUAUUUUUACAUCUCGGGCCAUGGAACUUUAAAAUCCGCAUUUUUUUUAUGUAGAUGAAUAUAUCUGUGUGUUUA